AUGAGUGAUAUGUCGCCCACGUCCAUACCCACACCGGAGCCACAUAUAGAUGUCUUCGACAUACCUAGGAGAGAAAUGGAAGAGACAGGUCAAGUGGCACCACAAGAGCAAAGAGUACAAGAACCGAUAGAGCACAAUAAUGAUGAAGAAACAUCACAGGAGACAAUGGCAGUUGACCGAGAAAUGCUAAUUAAGAGACUCCAGGACACACCUAUUGAAAAGUUGCGAGAUAUCAUUACCAAUCAAAUAGACUUGGAGAUUCGGUUGAAACACAAAGAGUUGACACUCACGAAAGAAGAAAUAGGCAAAUGUGAGUCUCAAAUGAUAACACUACGUAAGUUUUUCGAGGUUCCAUCGCUGGUCAGUUUGGAGAAUGAACCCAAUGACUUCACAGUAAAGUACUACAACUUGCUCAAUAGAUCAUUAUCAGCUAAUUAUUCAAAUCUUUCUGGUAUACCGGAUGGUUCACAUAUCCCAAAGGCGUCAAUACUGGAAGAAGGGUAUGCGGGAGAACCCAAAUAUUCAUACAGAACACGAUCUACAACAUCAUCAUUAAGGCCCAGUACAUCAAUAAGCAAGCCGUCCGCCAGUUUGGGAUGUCUUUACAGAAGAACCGACGGGGUGAUUGUAAAGCUCACUUGUCCCGAUUGCAACAGAAGCAAUUUUUCGUCGGCACAGGGAUUUUUGAACCAUAGCAGAAUCGCCCACUCUAAGGAAUAUACAUCGCAAGAUGGGGCAGCGUUAAAGUGUGGUGAAAUAUUGUCCGAAGUAGAACAGGACGAAGAGGGGAUGAGCAGCUUGCAAAAUCUAAAGCAGAAGAACUUGGACCCCAGCAAGAAUUUGAACGUGAACGAAAUAUACUUCGAUGGAUUGAGCAAUACUUUGAACACAGUACAUCGCGUAAGUAUAGACAAGAGUAUCUCGCCCUUCGAUCAUGCCGAUCUGUCUGCACCUUCUUCAUCAUCAUCCCACGCCCAAAAGGAAGAGAGCGAAUUGAUGAAAAAAAUGAUUAAGGAUGGCGUGGCGCAAGAUGAGUCUGAAUACGCCACCUUGAUACACGACGCCACCGACAAGGUCAUUAACCCUCACCUCUUUGAUGACGAGGAGGAGGGCGACCCAGAUGACCACCAAGAGCCAGUACCUAUAGUGCAUAAACAUCAACGGGGCCACAAACAAAACAAAAACCAAAAAUACCAAAAACAAGACCCGAAUGGCCAACAUGAAUCGCCGAAUCUGGCCCAUUCUACAAAUGCAUCUGAACACAAACAUCCUCCGCUCUAUCCUCUAGAUCCAAGAUCUACCAACAAGCGCAGAAAGUCAAGAGGUGGUGUUGGUGUCAGCGUGGGUGUUCCAUCUGACCCUACCGAAGACCCUUCUGAAGUCCCUACAGAGCAGCCGUUGCCUAAAAUUAAACUAAAGUUACGAAACAUCUCCCAUGACAAGUCGAAGGACUCUAAACGAAGAAGUAAGUAG